AUGCAUGUUCUUCGUCGUAUCAAAUAUUAUCAUUUACCAUGUCAAAAAUAUUCAUCAAAUCUUUCUUGUUUUUAUGAUGAUCUUCAUAUUUGUUUAUGUUAUGAUUAUGGACAACAAUGUUUAGCGAACUAUUUUGAUUUUAAUCAUAAUAUGAAAUUCGAUUGUUUAGCAUGUUAUUAUGGAACACGAUGUCAAUUUAGUUCAAGUAGAUUUGGUUUAUCACUUGAUACUAUUUUAGGCUGUUAUAUUCAACCAUAUAUCGGUCUUAUACAUCAGCCGAAUAUUAUAUUUAUUGUUACACAAAUGGAACAUAUAUCAAAUCGAUUAUUUUUACAAAUUCAAUGUAUGUCGCUUGAUUUUCUUUUACAAGUUUGUGUUAAUAUGGAUCAAUGGUUAAAUGCUUUUGUGGCUAUUGAACGAACAAUGACAAUAAUAAAAGCUACUGAUUUUUAA